AGGUAUUAUAAAAAAUUUAUCAGUAAAAGUAAUAAAUACAGCUGAACCAUGACGCACUAAGGGCUGAUUUGCUCGAAUUUGGAUAUUUAUAAAGAUUUUUAAAUAUUAAUAUUCAAUUAGAUGAAUCUCAUGGAAGAGGGCGAAUAGAAACCUUUGAAGGGUGAUCAAUAUAAUAAAUUGCCUUAAAAAAAGGAACUUAGGCCCCGUUCUAAUAUAGUCCCAGGCAUAUUCUAAGAAUAUAAGAGAACAUACAUAAAAGUACCUCCUGUUUCUAAGGAUUAACUGUCUAGACUUGUACUCAAGGAAGGGUUUAAAAUUAAAGAAGUAUGAUACUGAAUAUUGAAUUUAAUAGGCUGCAAAGAAACUUUAAAUCAAGUAUGCCACAGCUAAAACUAUUAUAUUCCAUCUUAGAGAGGAAAAGAAAUAAAUUAUUUAGGUUGGAUCGAAGAUGUGCUCAUACACUGAACUACAAUAAGGUAAGAUUUCAAAGCUAAGAAUUAUUUCAACAGCCUCAAAUGAUAUAAUUUCAAAUGUUGAGUAUCAAUUAGUACCCCAAAAUACUUCACAAAUCCAUUGAA